AUGGCGGAAGAUCCUCUCAGCCUGUUGCGCAGGUCGAUUGUUGGCCAGCGCUUACCCAUCCCCACCACCAACCCCGAUCAACCGCAAACCGACGUCUCACUGGCGCAAGCGACACAUCUGCUUUUCAACUUCGCCUCGGUACAAGAUGGCGCGCAGCAUAUCUCCGUACCGCUCAAUGCGUCCACUCGCUUCAUCUCGCCCGCCGCCGGCAACAAGCCACUCGACAUUAGAUCCAUCUUCUUCUGCUACCAAUGCCGAGAGAAGAAUACCGCCGACUACCUCACUGCUGUCGGUGAGCUGAACAGCGAGCUCAAAGCUGCCGGCAAGGAUGAGACGGCCUCGAAUGUGGUCUUCGCUGAGAAGCUGGACCUGAACAUGUGGCUGGCGGGAGAAAUGGGCGAGAACGACAGCGAGUACAUUCAGAGCCUGGCCGAUAACAAGGCCGAUCGUGCAGAAAUGGCCGACACGCUCAAGCAGGCGCAAGGAGAUGCCGAUGUUGAGAUGCUCGAUGCGGGGGGAGACGAAGUCAAGCGGAGGGAGGAAGAGGAGCGACUGAGUGCGAUUUAUGCCGCUGAGCGGAGAAUGGGCGAUCACAACACAGUGCUGCGCGGCAUUAAGAUUCAGGACUUUAGUGGCAUACGCAAGUACAGCGCCCUCUUUCUCGGCAAAGGCAAGCCACAGCCAGGCGCUCAGUCGACAGUGCCGACGCUCACCAACAAUCCUGCGCUACGACCUCCCGUCAAGCCUACGCAGUCCGGCCGUCGCCCGGAGCCCAUCAUCCUCCUCUCUUCAUCCUUCUCGUCAUUGCUGAAGAUGCAAAAUAUCAAAUCCUUCCUCGCUGAAGGUGUGUACCAACCUCUCGAGUCUUCCAGCGAAGCAGCCAACAUUCUUCACAUCACGCGACAGUUGCGCACCGUUCUUCCUGGGCAUAGCACGCGUUUCAUCCUUGUUGACGAUCCUUCCAACUUUCGACCGGACUACUGGAACAGAGUUGUGGCAGUCUUCACAACUGGUCAGACUUGGCAAUUCAAGAGCUACAGAUGGACGAAUCCAGCGGAAUUGUUCAGCCACGCGCUGGGUGUUUACGUGGGUUACAGCGGAGAAGUCAUACCGGAAACCGUCAAGGGUUGGGGCAGACAAGUGUUGAGCGUGCAGAUUGACAAGGGGCAGAACAGAUGGCGUGAUCGCGAAGUUGUAGAGACGAUAUGGAGUAAUAUUGAGGCGAGAAUGAGAGCCAUGGGCUGGGGCAAGGAAGGUCGAUGAGCAGCAGUAAGAGAUGAUGAAUGUUGCAUUUGUUGCGUUCAAGCGGGCUGGCGUUGGGGUCAUGGCUGUGCACAGAACGGUCUAAAAGGGAUACCAUAGCUGGAGAGGGCCAACGAAGUCUUUGACGGCUCAGUUGAAUAAAAUGCUAGCAUUCGACUGUCACGGGGCCGAAUAUGUGAAGGAAGCUCUUUUGGUAAAUCGAUCAAAGAGAACGUGCACUCGUAAGUCUCCUUCGACCUGACACAAUGUGCGCCUACCUGAGAUUACAGACGUGCCACCAGCGGAGCCCGAAAAACAUCCUGCCACCAAUACGACCCGAUGUAUACUACGACCAACUUGAUCAUCGACAAGGCAGCCCCAUUUGUGCCACCGCUCACCGAUCAUCCACACACAAUAUCUCGUUAACUCUGUAGCUGUGGAGAACAGUGGGAAAAGAACAAUGAGGCGGCUAGCAAGAAAGAUUCGACGAACUUGACUAAUCACACAUACACUCACACACACUCUCUCUCUCUCUCACCCUGCUCUCUUCCUCUGUUCUCUCCAUACCUCCACCUAAAGCAGCAGCCCCCCUCUUACUCCAACAAAUCCGUGAGAUCCGAAGGAACAGGAAU